AUGCCAUGGAAACAAGGCGUCAAACACCGCCGCGCUCCCUCUCUCGACUCCCCAAUCGGGUGGCGCCUCGCGCACACGUCAACCGGUGAGAACCCGGACAGGUUUGAUCUCCUGGGGGUAUCGGUCACGCCAGCGAACUCGUGGUGGAAGGUGGGUGCGGCAGCCACCCGAAAGAUCCUGUGGACUCUCUCCAAGAAACACACCUCCUCUUCCUCCUCCUCCUCCUCCUCCUCCUCCUCCGGUGCUACCGAAGGGCGGAUUCCCGUCGCCGAGUCCACGCUGAAUGGCGUGAACGCCUUCCCAGACGCGUGGCGGUGCGAUGCCUGCAAGCUGAACCUGCUGCCGCAGCUAAACGGCUUUGAGACCGAGGAAGAGGCCCUCCGGCUAGAGAAAGGGGAGGACGGGAUUUCAGGUCAGCUGCUGCUGGCGCAGACCCUGCUCGCCUCCGAGUCGCCGGUGACGGUCGUCGCCACGGGCCCCUUGACCAACCUGGCCUGGGUGCUGGACAACUUUCCGGAGGCAUCACGCAAGAUCGACAAGGUUUUAAUCAUGGGGGGUGCGAUCGACGUUCCUGGCAACGUGUUCGCGGACGACGUGGAAGGCUUCGACGGAUCGGCGGAAUGGAACAUUUUCUGGGACCCGCCGGCGGCAAAGCGGGUGUGGGACUCCGAUCUAGAACUGGUGCUGACGCCUCUGGACGCCACCAACGAGGUGCCGAUCACGAAGGAAACGCUUCUCAGGCUAGGUCGGCAGAACCAGUGCGCGUCGUCGGCUCUUGUGGGGAGCAUUUGGGCCCUGGCGGGAGCGCAUCUGCUGGAGACCAAGACGCGACCGUUCUUCGCGUGGGAUCUGCUCACGGUGGCCCAGCUGGUGCACCCCGAGCUGUUCACGACGUCGCAGGUGGAGUGCGACGUCGUCAUCGGGGGAGCCAGCCAGGGGCGCACCGUACGAACGGCAACAACAGCAAGGGCGACGGCAGAGGCAGCAGCGGCAACUGCAGAACGACCACAUCAACAACAGCGCUCGCCACCAGCCGGGAAUGAGAAGGAGGAUGACAAUGGCAGGGGUGAAGGUACCGUCGGUGGCGACGCUGUCGGCACUGGUGGUGCUGGUGGUCGUGGUCGAACAGUGACCGUGAUACGAGCGCGGGACCCGAAGGAGCUCGUUGACGUCAUCCUCGCCGACCUGUGCUCGUCGUGCGACGGCGGUGGUGCUUCGUCGUAGCCGCGUGGCAUGUGGUUGGGUUGAUCAACCAAUCUCACGAAAUAGGUGGUGAGAGAUAGAGGAAUCUCAGGACGUACGUACUUCCCGUAGGAAUAAUGGAGGUGGCAUAGUCUAAUGUUGUUUU